UAGCAUCAACCUCAUCCAGAGGACAAUGCUUCCACUUUCACUCCUCCCCAUCUCGCUCCCUCUUCAAACUCAAAAGCCUCGCGCUCUUAGUUGCAAAGCCACUCUCAACCUCGUCACCGACCCCGAUUCCUUCCAGGUCGGACGCCUUCUGGGCAGCUAUGGCUUCAUCAACAUCACCAGCUAUUCGGGCCUCCAAUCGAGUUCAACUUCCGGGCAGUUCAAGACCCAGGACGUCGGUGAAGGAAGCGUCAAAAUCAGUCUUCUUUCAGGCUUUACGAAGGCAGAGUCGUCCAGGGUCCCCUCUCUGGCUCUUCCGUCGUCUUUAAGGUCACUGUUUGAACUAGUCCUAAGGCCCUGCUAGAUGCAUUCGUCAAUCCUUUCAUUGUAAUCAUCAU